GUAACCAUGGUGAUCGCAAAGCAUAAUGGGAUACAUUCUGACCUCUGACACCAAAAUGGCGGCGCCCAUUGGAAGUUUGGCGUUUCGAGUAUCUGCAUUGUUGGCAGGAAGAAGCAUUGCACAAAGACUAGCAUGUGGAACAACCAAGACUGUUGAAAAUCAUCUCAGAUACUUUCCUAAGCAGGCAGCACCAACCACAGCGACAGCUUUCCAGCCAACCCUGCGCUACAGUUCCAGUACAUCUCAGUUGGUUGAGACAACAGAUGAACCAGACGUCCUGUACAAGAGGAUAGUUCUGCUGUGUAAAGGCCAUGAAGAGGCAGUGCUGGAUAGUUACGAACAGUUUGUCAGCAUGGCUGCAAAAGAACUUGGGCUAAGAUUAGAAAAGAUUCACAGACCCCGCAGAACCUACGACAGAAUUACUCUGCUGAAGUCAGUUCACGUCCACAAGAAACACAAAGUGCAGUAUGAAAUAAGGACUCAUUACAGGGUCUUCCAUUUUAAGCACCUGACAGGGAGCACCAGCAAUGUGUUUCUGGAAUAUGUUCAACGGAAUCUACCAGAGGGUGUGGCAAUGGAAGUUAAGAAGACUGCUCUUGAGAAACUGCCAGAUGAACUUAAGCCACCAGAGACACAGUCAGAAACAGCACCUGUGGGGACAUCUCAAUAGAGUCAUUGGUUAAGAAUUAUAUAUUAUGAGCAUGUACUAAAGAUGAUUACAGUUCAACUGUUUGACGUUGUAAUAUAACUGUUGUAUGUAGCCUUAUGGUAGAGUCGCUUCUGAAUUUUUUGUACCCUGCAUCAAAAAGAACGUCCUUGCCUGUAUCCAGCAUCGUUAGCAUAAUUCAAAGUUGUAUUAGCAUUCACUGAUAAUUUUAUUUCACUCUACACUUGAAUGACAGGAAUAAAAGCAUAGGAUGCAUUGUG